GCCAGAUGAAUUGAUUAUUAGAGGUAUCGUCGUCGUCUCCACCCUCGACAAAACAUUUGGGGUCAUUAGUCGUCUUUUGAACCAUUCAAGGGCUUGUUGGGGAUAUUCUUUAGCGAUUGACCUGCUGCUGCACAAGACGACGACAACGAUUUACAAGUUUUGUUGAACAAAACUCCCAAAACCCUAACGCGUCUCGACCCCAACGGUUUAUUUCCCAUUGCUUUGCGGAACCCCAACCAUGCGUGUCCUUCCGAGUCUUUUGAUAUGUCUCACCGUUUUCUUGGUGCAGGCGCUUUGUCAAAGUCCUGCGGCGCCGAUUGGUGCUGUUACGUCCCAAGUGGGUCAAGAUGGUGCUUGGACGGGGUCGGUAGAGACGGAUCCGAGUGUUACGUCCAUGACAAUCGUACCCAUUGUCAAUGGCAACACAGCCCCUGCAAAGAGUUUCCAAGCUGCUAUCGGCGCCCCACCAGGGGACCUUACUCCGGGACAUAUCUACUGGACCUUUGAAGGAAAAGCCGACCCAAAUUAUAAUGGUUUUAUCCUGCAAUACGAACAGACAGGCGCUCAAGGCAUACUCGAAUAUCCAGCAGCAAGUUUCCUUCCAAUGGGUCCAGGACUCAACCCUUUUCCUUCAGCGUCGUCAAAACCCUGGAUAGCAUCAGGCAAACCCGUCACAUAUGCCAUCAUCGCCGUCGCCGGCGCCACGGUCCUCUUUGUGGGCAUGUUACUCUGGAUUGCGAGCAAAAAUCGGGCGACGCCGACGGGUUAUGGUACGGGCACACUUGGCAAAGGCGGCAGUCUUCGUUCCAGACCAAGCAUCACAAACAAGCCAGAUGUUGAGGAAAUUAUUGUGGAGGCCCCUCCUCUUCCGAUCAAGCAACAUGAGCCUGGACCAUCCGGCAGUGGCAGGGCGAGAGUUAUGGACCUUGAAGCGUAAUACUGGACAGUAAUGCAUAUAUUGGUGUAAUCAUAUAUAGCUGGAUUUUGAACGUUGAGGUUUAAUAGGCUCUGGCGUGCGACUGGCGUGGGCGACUCCAGAGAGGGGGUUUGUUGGUGGAACAUGUAUAUAUGCAUAUUAUUUCUAGAGUGAAAAAUGUAUCACUUGUCCUAAAAAAGUAUUUCAAGACUGAAAACCAAAGUUACAACUAGGC